AUGACCGACCACCUUCACUCCGACCCAGGCGCGCCCAGCGCCAGCGGUGCCAACCUCCUGGAAAGCGAACUGCAUCUUCCGUACGAGGUGCUGGCGGCGAUCGUUUCUGCCGUCGACCCCGCCGACAAGGCGACGCUCGCCGUCCUGCUCCGUGUAUGCCAAACGACAAACGAACUGGCUGCCCCACUCCUCUACGCCGACCUUAGUAUCACCGACAAGAACCUUCCUGGCGUGCUGCACGGCAUCAUUGACCCUCGCAAACCACCCCUGCCCGACUGGUGUGUGUAUCCCACCACCGAGUCGAAUGCGCGCAAGCGUGCCCUCCUCGCCCACACGACGACACUGCGUGUUCGCUCCGUCCCAGAGGACUGCGCGAGUGACGAGUGUCACCGUGUCUACCGUCUGUGUCCCAUGGACAAGGACACAUUCCCCGCCGUCAAGACUGUGAUGGUCAGCACGACUGUGCCGUACCAUCACGACGUGAGCGCGCGCCGACUGAGUGCCAGCCCCCCAACCUCCACGCCGAGUCCUUGA